CAUCAUCACCAUAAUGCCUCAUGAACCUCACCCCAUUCAAUAUAAUAAAAAAUUAAAGAAUAAUCCAUUGACAACUCAAAAAUAGAGAGGGAGAAGCAGGUUGAGAAAGAUCCAUUGAGUUGAAUAUCACAAAAUCUAUUCAUAUUUUCAUUCCCGGUCAAUGCCUUCUUCUGAUAGUCAAGGUAUUUCUUCCUCGGAUGCCUGCGCAUCCGAGGAAUCUUUAACCUCCUCUUCUUCGACCGGGUCCUCUUUAUCUAGUUUCGAGACCCGGUCAGGCCCCAACACCACCAACCCUGAACCGCAACCUGUUAACCAGACGCCUGGUCAAGUCUCUCAGGAGAGGGAUGAACCGGUUGACGAUGAGCCGGCUCCCUAUGACCCUGACAGCGAGUCGUAUGAGGGAUGGGUGAACCGGCUGGAAGCGGCCGGUUACUUUCCCCUGCCCACCAGUUACCCUUCAGACAUCUACCCCCAUGUUUCCAAAAUCGCCCAAAAUAAGGCACGUAGGAACCUCCCGGAGCGGUAUGUCCUUGAAUACGACCCUAAUUGGCGCAAUAUCAUCGAGCCUCACCGGGACGAUAGGGUAGGGUUCCAUAUCAUCUCCCUGGAGAGUGGCACCGUCUUCCCCCUUCGCCCCCUUCUGGUCGAGUUGUGCCACUGUUUCAAGAUCCUCCCCGGGCAACUUACACCCAAUGCCCACUGUUUUCUUAAUGCUUUUGUAAAUAUCUGCUCCCAUCUCAAAAUCGAUCCUUCCCUUUGCUUUUUCCUUUAUUUGUUUGAAGUCCUUCCCGGUAAGUCGGGUUGCGAUGGCUAUGUCUACUUCAAAGGCCGUAACGGUCGCCAAUUCAUCUCGGACCUUCCACAAAGCAACCGGCUGUGGAAGGAAAAAUUUGUCUUUAUAAAAUUCCCCACCGUUUCUCCUUUGGCCGGCAUAAAGUGGAGCGACCACCUCCUGAAACCGCAAUACACUGAGCCGGCUAACGCUCCAGACUUGGAAGAAAGUUUGGAGAAACUCUUACAAGGGGACCCGUUCACCGGGAAAAUGUUCCACUACGGGGCUUGGAUUUGGAGGAUUUCACCGGGUGGCAUGGGUACCCCCCGGGCUGAUGAAGCAGCGGGGCACGGGGUACCUGCCCCGGGCAACACUGCGGAAGCUGGGGGUUCCAGUCACCCAGAGAUGAACUUCAGAGCAUUCAACAUCCCCACGAAGAAGACCGGCGGCUCCUCCUCUGCUGCCCCCAAGACUGUACCGGUGCAACAGGAACCGGUGGAGAUCAAUUCCGAGGAGGAAACUCCUCCGACCGGGAGGACCAGUCAGGCCGGGAGGACCACGGUAAACCCUCCCCUGGACAAGGGGAAGGGGAAGGUCCGGACGAAGCACGCCGCCACCACUCAUCCCUCAGCCAAGAGGAGGAGGGGAGAAAAUGUCCCGACUUCAGAGUCGCUAGAGGAGCUCUGGGUAAAGAUGGGGCAGAAAUUGAAGGAGGUAAAACUUCUGACCGGUAUAUUUUCUUGAAUUUGUUGCCUUUCUGUCGCACUAACCGGUG